UAAUGAGGUGAAAAUUGCGUUAUUGACGGAUACGACGCAAUGGCGGGCUGGUGUCUUGUAGGGUUCUUAGUGGCUGUGCUUGGGAGCUCGGUAUUAGCUUACCCAAGGGUAACUUUCCCGGAGAAUGCUCUGCGCAGUCCUAAUCGCAUCGUGUCAGGAUGGGAGGCGAAGGAAGGACAGUUUCCCUAUCAGAUCUCACUUAGGAUGGUCAACCUCGAUGGCAGAGUGAAUGGUUGUGGUGGUACAAUCAUACACCCUGAAUGGGGACUUACAGCAGCACAUUGUACUGCCACCCGCGUUACAAUAGUCAUUCGUGCCGGUGCUGUCAACCUUACGAGACCUGAAAGCAUCUUCGAGACCACAACUUACUACAAUCACCCUCUGUACAUCGAGGCGCUGCAAUCUGUGGUUCAACCGCACGAUAUCGGUCUCUUAAAGUUCAACCGCGUCUUGCAAUUCUCAGAUCGUGUCCAACCAGUACGUUUGCAGUCGUCUUUUGACGCCAACAAGGACUACAGUGAUGUCAGGUUACAAGCCAGUGGCUGGGGACGCACAUGGACCUCAGGUGAGUCUCCGGAGAACUUGAACUGGGUGUAUUUACGCGGUGUUUCAAACUCCUUCUGCCGCGGUCUUUACGGCACCAUUGUUAUCGACUCUACCAUCUGCGCGAGCGGUUAUAAUGUAACCAGCCAGUCUACUUGCCAGGGUGACAGCGGUGGACCCCUGCUAGUGGAAGACGUCGACGGCCAACUCACUCAGAUCGGCAUCUCAUCUUUCGUCUCGGGCACCGGUUGCCACACCGACUUCCCCGCUGGUUUUAUUCGUACCGGUCCUUAUCAUGAUUGGAUAAGCGAAGUGACAGGUUUGAAUUUCGACGUGCAAGCAGAACCUACCACCACAACUAUCAGAAUUGAUACCACCAGCACUGGUGACUCAGAAACAACCACCGCGGAACCUGAACCUACCACAGUGUCUGAAGCUGAACCCACGACCGAAAGUGAACCUGAAACUACCACAGUUUCGGAACUCGAACCCACAACUGAGACUGAACCUGAACCUACCACAGUUUCGGAACCCGAACCCACAACUGAGAGUGAACCUGAACCUACCACAGUUUCGGAACUCGAACCCACAACUGAGAGUGAACCUGAACCUACCACAGUUUCGGAACUCGAACCCACAACUGAGAGUGAACCUGAACUUACCACUGUUUCUGAAACUGAACCAGAAGUAACAGAAGCACCCAGCAAACAUUUCUUCUGGUUUAAAUUUUAAAAAAACACUCGAAUUCACGAGUACUAUUUAUCAUUUUUUAAUUUUUCCAUGGAGUUGUUCAAAUAAGCCGAAAUGUAUUAAACUAAUUUGAAAUUGAAUGUCUUUAAUUAAAGUGUUAUUUACAUA